GCGUGCUCUGUGUUUACUAGGUCUAGAGAGAUGUUCCGUCAUUUCCGGUUUUCAUUUUUUAAUACAGAUUAGCACCGCCUGCUUAUGGAGAGGUAGGCUAUUACGUCUCGCACACGCGGAGAACGUACGCUCAAGUUGGCGUCGCUUCGGUGUGUGUUCCGAGGCACUUUUUUGACCUCGGGGAGUCGACUGAUUCCAAGACAUUCCAAAAAUUAAAAUUAAAAUCAACUAGGCUAUUGAAUAACACUGCUUUAAUCAAUUAGUUUUGAUUUAAUUGAAAAAUAUGUCAAGUUGUUUCUGAAUGCAGUCCUUCUCUUAGUCUAAACGCUUAAACACAUGGCAAAAAAAACUCAAUCAAUGGCUUGACCAAAGGACCCGUGGAUGUAUAAUAAAACGAAAGGACCAGAAAAGAUUACAACGCAAAGGACUGUGGGAAACAAGUCUCCCGGGUGACGUCAUCCAUGUGUUACGUCCGUUACGUCUUCACGCCGCGCCAACUCAAGCUUGGCAGUUGAGAUGUCAGGUAAAAGGGAAAGUCUUUGGUUUGCUAGUUUCUGCAACUUGACUAAAUUGCCGCUUAACAGAAACACCACCUAAUUGAACCAAAGGAAUCAAAGAGGGGACUACUGUAAUUUGCAGAUAUGGGGGGCCUGAUAUCCCGAUGGAAGAAAAAGCCAACCACAAUUGAGCUGCUGGAGAACCAUGAAAAGGAGAUUAAAGAGCUGGAGGAGUUCAGAGCCAAAAACCAACGUUUGCAAAAGCUGUGGGUUGGCCGGUUGCUUCUCUACUCGUCACUCCUAUACCUGUUGACCUCUCUGGUCGUGUACUGUCUCUACCUACCAGAACAAUGGUUGCCGAGAAUAGCCAUGACUCUGCCUUUCUUCAUAUACCCCGUGCUGGUCUGGCUCAUCAGAAAGUUGUUGAUCUUUCUCUUUUCCAAACGCACUGAGAGAAACAAUGAUAAACUGGAAGAUUUAAAGGCUUCCAAAAAAAAGAUUCUGGAGGAAGUGAUGGAAACAGAGACGUACAAAAACGCCAAACUCAUCCUGGAACGCUUUGAUCCCGAAGCUAAGAAGAAAGCUGAGCUGGAGUCGACUCCGGUGCGUCCUCAGAUGACUCCCAGGCCAGGACAAGAGAUUCGACAGAGAGGGGUGGCAAUGAGACCCAUGCCGAUGAUGGGCACCCCGACUGCAAUGGCAACGUCUCCUCAACCUGGAGCAGGGCCCCGAUAUGGACCAGGGGGCACACCUGUGGAACGUGGCCCUCUCUCAGCUCCAGGAGGACCGCCGGAGAGAUCUGCUCUGUCUGCCUCUUCCCUCCAGGGGGCGGUACCCAGGACCCCCUGCUCUCCAAUACCAGGAGUAGGCAUGCACCCACCAGGUCCCCCAUUAGCAAGACCAAUUUUGCCCAAAGACAGGGGAGCCGUGGACCGAGUCAUUGAAUACCUUGUAGGGGAUGGACCACAGAACAGAUACGCUUUGAUCUGCCAACAGUGUUUUUCUCAUAAUGGCAUGGCUCUGAAAGAAGAGUUUGAAUAUCUAGCGUUCCGUUGUGCGUAUUGCUACUUCCUGAAUCCAGCCAGGAAGACACGCCCUCAGGCUCCCAGGCUUCCAGAGUUCAGCUACGAGAGGAGGCUGCGAGCAGAAUCACGUUCCCCUGGACCAACGCCGCGUUCUGGGACAGACACAGAGGAGAGUGCACCCCCUUCUGGAGAUGAGAGAGAGUUGGUAGAAGAUGAAGGACCCACUAAAGAAGUAGAGAGUGAGAGCCAAUCAGUGGAGCAGCAGCAGCAGCAGCAGCAGCAGCAGCAGCAGGAGGAGGAGCAGGAGGAGGAGGAAGAAGAUGGGGUUCAGAAGGAGGAAGAGGUGGAAUCAGAGCAGAGUCCCAGCGCCCCCUGUGAGACAGAGUCUCAGCCAUCGUAGUUGCAGAGAGUCCAGAAGAGGGCCAGGGCUGUCGGGUCAUUCGGUCCAAACUAAAGGUGUUGGUAUUGGCCAUGAUAGACAGGUGGCAUUUUUAAGCAAUAUAAGUGAACAAGGAUUGUCACCAACAAUAGUUGAACAAUAUUGUUUUUCCUUGCAACCAAAAACUACAUCAAUCACACUUUUGCUUUUGUCUAAAUGACUAAGACAAACCACGUAGAGGAGAUUAUGUAGGCGAUGUAGUAAAUGGUGUGUAUUCUUAAUGAAAAACAUUAACAUACUGCAUUAUGUUCAUCAUAUGUAAUAAUACAGUUGUCUAACUUUAUUGCCUAAAACGAUGCCAACGUAUCAUGGCCUUUUGAGUUUGAUUGACUGCGAAGGUGUCAGGUUGAUGAUUGUAGUUUAAAUCUUAAGGCUUUUUUUUCUCGAUAGAGCAGUUGGCUGCUGAUGAUGCUCUGUAUGUGGGCACUGACAUAGUCAGUAUUCUAUAAUUUACCCUAUAAGGUUCUUUUAGGCAUGAUUUGUUAAAAGUUGUGAUUUUAGAUAGAGCUGCUGGUUCACAAAUGGUUUGUCUUUAGGCGCAGCAGAAACUUAAACAUGCUUAAAUCUUAAUUCCUUCACUGACCCUGACCCCACUCAGUAUCUAGGGUUUCUGUGUAAUUUGCUAAAUAUCAGUUUAUUACAGUAUGUUUACAUUUAAAAUGUAAGUACAUUACAUACAUGUUAUUUAUAGUUUUGUUGAUUGGUGAGAAAACAUGAAAUCAAACCGAGUGCAACUUGAAGACAAACCUGCUGUGUAUCAGGACAUCAUCAAUUGUGUUAACAGUAUGAUAUUAAGUUUCAAAGUCCUGCUAUAGCUUUCUUCAUCUCCUGCUUUUCAUCCCCGCCCAUUUUGUUUGGAUACAUUUGUUAUACCCACAUUUUACCAAACACUGACACAUGUCAACAUUUUGUCCUGCUGAAUCUUUGUUUUAUUUUAGGAUGUUUUUGUCCCAGACGAGAGGUAUACCCAGAAAACGCAGCUAAUGUUCUCCUCGUUAGCUGCACUCACAUUUGCAAGAAAAUGGAUGGCACUAACCAGAGAGAGCAGCUGCUGCAAGUCUAUACAUUGACUGUUGUUGACCAUUCAUGCCUUUGUUUACUCUUUGUUGGUGAGGAAGUCCCAUGCGGUCUAACGUUUUCGUAGGCCAACUUGUAUCAGCAACAAAUGAUGUUAAAUGUCCCACUUAUUACUGCAGUUACCCAGACCAAUGUGUGCAGAUUCAGAUCAGCCAUCAGUGGUGCAGGAGAAAAUGUGUGUUUUAAGCAGAGGCGCAUGUUUGUAGACUAUUUUGAAUGUGUGGUAAAAACCAUAUAACCCUGCUGCUAUAUCUGCACUCUCCCUCGAUAGAAACAUCCGGACUCAUCCGGUCUUCAUUUCCUAACCUAGAUUGUAUUGUAGUGUUGGAUAAGUAAACCUCUACAAUUGAUUUGAGUUGUUGGGUUUUAUGAAGGUCUUUGUUUGAAGUAGGGAUUUGCAAUGCAGGAGUACAUGGGGAUAACCACACAGAAGGGCCCUGCUGCCCAUGUUGAUGAGUUGAACUUAAAAUGAAACCGAUUCUGACUAAACUGAACAUUUUGGAAGGUGAAAUAAUUUAACAGACUGGAGCUAAAACUGCCAAUUUAUCUGUAUCUAGUUAUUGCCAAUCAUCAAAGUUCUCAAUAGGAAUAUAAUUUGCCAAAUGCUGUUUUAUCUGUAUUUCAAGACUUGCACUGAGUUUCUCUUUGUAUUUAUUUGGCCAUAUUUAUGUAUGUAUAUUUAAGUAUGGCUGCACGGUUUAGUUUUAAUCCUUUUGAGAUCUAGUCUUUAAUUGCCAUGGUAUUGAAACAACUGCUUAAAAGUAUAGGCCUGGUUUGCAUUCUGUAGCAUUUGUUGAAAUAUUUUGGUAUUUUCUUCUUUUGUUUACUUUCAUUUUAAGUGUUUUAAAAGUGCGUGCCUUGGUUGCUACAGUUAUUUUCACGAGUUUACAGUGUAAUCUGCCCUGUGUCUAGCUACUGUAGCAGCAUACGAAGUAGGAGGUUCAUGGUUCGUUUGACCAGCACUAGCACCUCAUGUUUUUGACAAUAAUUUCUCAGUUUGUUAUGAAAUGGAACCAGAAGAAAUAGUGAGUGUCUAUGCAAAUGUAAAUAUGUGGUAUCACCUGUGUUGUACAGGUCUGGUCCUAGAAACAAACACAGGCUAUGUGGGCAACGUAUUCUUGAGGGGGGUACACAGACAACACAAUACAUUCUGUUUAAUAUGUGUUUUAGUUUUUGAUUUUCACACUAAUUCUGUGUGUGUUUCUAGUUAGUUGUUGACCUCGAAACCUAGCAACAACCCAGAAUCAUUUGGCAGAAGUUGGCCUUAAAGGUUUGGGCUAGCCUUUGGAGUCUGUACAUGGCAGCAAAUGUGCUUUUGGACAAACCUUUUGUUGAAUGUUGAAGAGAGACCUUGUAAUGAAUUUACAGCUGCCUGACUCCACAGCUUGACAUGAUUUUUGAUUGACUUGUGGUUAGCUGAAUGGUUCCAGUGUUAACAAGCUCUUAAAUCCCACUUAAUACCUGCUGGUGGUGAAAAUGUGGUAAAAAUUCUAAUUAUGAAGCUGUCACUUAUAUUUAAUAUUUAAAAAAAAACUUCUUGACGUGUGUAAUACCUGUUUACUUUGCAUUUGUAGUUUGUUUUUUCUCUGCUAGAUUUAUCAGUUACCUUUCUGCCAACGCUGGUUGUCAUUAAGUAGGCGCAUGGCACGUCUUAAUAAAAGUUUUUCCAACAACAAAACAA